AUGUCUCCAUCACUCUCCACGCCCAACACGUCACCCACACCAACCUCACCAGGCCGUUGGGUUAUAACAGAAUUCGGCAAGCCAUCCGUGCUAAAAUGGGAGGCAUUCGAUCCCAUGGCCGCGCUAUCUGCUGGCGGAGUGCUUAUUCGCAUCCUGGUUGCUGGUAUCGCUGGAGUCGACAAUAUUCAGCGUGUCGGCGGUUACCCUCAUCCCCUAGCCAAGGCACCCGGCUUCACACCUGGAUAUGACCUCGUAGGCGAGAUAGUUGCGCUGGGCGAUGCUGUUCCAAAGGGAAGAGAGCUGAACAUUGGAGACAGAGUCGCAGCGUUGAGCAUGUUCGGCUCACACGCUACACACAUCGUCUUGCCACACGAAGAAGUCAUGAAACUGCAACUGGAAGACGACCUGCUGAAGACGUGCGCACUUCCACUAAACUACAUGACUUCAUGGGGCCUGUUGAAGCACAGUGGUGUCGAUCUACGACCUGGCUCGAGCAUCCUGAUCGGGAGUGUGAGUGGAGGACUUGGAACAGCUAUGGCUCAACUUGUCAAGGCAUUCGACAUGGGCAUCAAGAUGUUCGGUACAUGUUCGCCGAGCAAGUUCGAUUACGUGCGCUCACUGGGUGUGGAACCGCUUGACCGAAACGCCCCGGAUCUUGUGGACCAGCUUUGUGGGCUGACGGAUGGAAAGGGGGUGGAUGUCGCAUACGACGGUGUUGGUAGUGAAAAGAGCGUCCAAGACUUCCUCGCAGCAACCAAGCAAGACGUCGGCAAAGUGGUCGUCUUCGGAGUUAUGGGGGGCAUCGCUGCAGAUGGGAGUAAGAUGUUGGCGAACGUCGACGAGCUCCUUGAAGCAAUACUGCAGCCACCGCGAGUAAGCUUCUGGGCGCUUGAUAUUGAAUACCCAAAGAAAGAAGUGGCGGAAUUCUUUGCGCUUGUAGAGAAGGUGAGGGAAGGGAAAUUGGACCCGGUCAUCGCGAAACUGAUGAGACUGAGCGAUGCAAUUGAAGCGCAUGAGCUUCUUAUUCAUGGAAGUGCGAUUAAGGGGAAGAUGUUGUUUGUAGUGGACGAAGAGCUAGCUAAGUCCCAUGGCAUUUAG